AUGAUGGAUUCAUUCGAUAAUCCGAAACGUCAGGCGAAUAAAGCCCUUGUUCCAGCGAUCGCUUCCUCUUCUGAUCAACUAGUUCCUGGAACUCGCAUCUUCGCUUGUAUCGGCAAUUUGUUUGGGCGCGACGCGCUCCGAUCGGCCCGACGAUGGGAAACUUUCGUCCUUCGGGAGGCCUCUACUUAUGCGCAGAUCCGGUUUCUGCACAGGUUUCUCGAUAACAACGUGUUGCCGAAAUGCGUUUCAUACAAACCACCGGUGAAUACAGAGCUAGCUAGACGCGCAGUAUUUCAGCACGGAAGACAUAUGAUCCGCGUGCUCCUUCAGGAUUGCCAUGCGAGGCUUCGCAAAUACCGUCAGAGAAUUGACCAAAAGAAGGCCAGAUGCUGCGAGUUCGUGGGCGAGAACGGCACAAACCUUCUUCAACAGAAGGUGACCGAACGAGCCCGUUUGCAGAGAGCGACACGAGAUGCAGCGCUGGGGAACAAAUUCCACAAACUGCCUGAUCCAACGUCAUCCAGAGGCGGCACACUGGUACACAACCUGUCGUCAAAGGAACUGACGAAGGAGCAAGUACAGGUUUUACGACACGAGGCCUCAUACAACACAGCUGUCGCCAAACCUGUCAACAUGAUUGCAGCAGUGGAAUCGGUCAUUAAUCAGACGGAAGCUGCGGAGGAGACAAGGAACCUUAUCCGACACCAAUUGUCGUCCCUCCUUAUGACUCACAAGCCGCGCGAAAUACUCCCGAAGGUCGAACGCGAUGCACUAAGAGAACUCAAGGCCGACAAGGACAUCGUCAUCGAGCCCGCGAACAAGGGGCAUUCUACCGUCGUACUGGACAGAACAGGCUACCUUCAGACGGCCAGAAACUUACUGGAGGAUCGCCAGUUUUAUGUCCCCUGUGAAACCAACCCCGUAAAGACGCUGACACGCGAAAUUAACGCGACACUGUUGGCACUGAAGAUCUUGGGUGCAAUAACGUCGACCGACCGACGCAUGGCGAGAGCCCAAGAAACGGCCUUGGCCCGAUUCUGUGGUCUCCCCAAGGUGCACAAGGAGGGCGUUCCUCUCCGGCCCAUUGUACCGUUUAAAGGCACUUCAACCUACGGACUGACAAAAUGGCUGUUUCGGCGCCUCAAAUUUCUGACCGCUGAUUCAGACACCACCGUCUAUUCGUCAACACAAUUCUUGGAGAAGCUUAAAGGAGUAAGUCUCUUGUCAAAUGAAGUCAUGGUAUCUUUUGAUGUCACGUCCCUCUUUACUUCUAUCCCCCAGGAUCUGGCAAUGGAGACCGUCGAGCUACUCCUACGAAGCAAAUACCAUGAAACUGAAAAUCGUAUCGGACAUGCCCUAGUUUUCAGCUCAUAA